UUUUGAUAAAUAUUUAGGAGUGUACCUAUUAAAAAUUCCCACCAAGACAAAAUGCUGUUUUUCAUACAUUUCUCCUUUGAGAGCAAGAAUGGGAGAACACAUUGUCUGUGUUCAUUAUUAAUCAUAUAGCUGAAUGUGAUUCUGGAUUAGCACGGCUUUCAGCCUGGUGUAAGACUGUACUCAGUUCUGCAUAGGUUAGAAUAUGGUGUUCACCUGUCACUUGAGAAGAGAGGUGGAUUUAAGCAGGGAGCACACAAGUUCUCUGUACCACUUGGAAAGGAGCCUGCUGUGGGGAAAAAGGAAAAGAUUUCCAACAUCCCUCUGUGUUUCUGUGGUUUUCAUUCUCUCCGGCAGGCCAGCCACAGUCUUUGUAUGACUUAGUGAGGAGAUCGCUGUUGAGCUCCUGGGAAUUAAACUUUCUCGCCAGGCAGGAGGGGACCAAUCUUGCAGAGGGAUUCCUCAGCUCCUGUAUCCCAGACCCAAGUGCUGCUUUGAGGCAAUCAACAAUAUAACAUGAAUGACACCAGGCACCAGUCUCUGUUCUUUGUCAGUCUGCCGGAGCUACAAAAACUCUGUGCCACUACAGUAACACUGAGUUCUCAGAUACCGGAAACUGAGACAAGGAAUACACAGAUAAAGAUUUGCAGACAGUUAUUAUUCCUGCAUCAAGACAUCCUUUCUGCACCUGUUAUUGGAACACUGAAUCAACUUUCAGUUGUAAUGGCGAUACCAUUUUACAAAUCAGGAAUAUGCCAAGCCUACAUAGAGAAACAAGGAGCUACUCUGGAAGCACCACAAACAGUUAGUCCAGCCAUUCUCCAAACCUGUCUCUCCUACACGCUUACAGCCAGACUUGCACCCAGAUGGAACAAGGCUGGUCAUCUCUUGGUGCAAGGUAAAGAUUUUUUGUCUCAUUCAGGAAGGCAAAAUGCUGUUGUUAUAGACCUCAAUGUAUCAGAGAGACAGCUUUGCAUUAGUGUGGAGCCUUGCUCAAUUCGGUUGCCACCCCCUGAGCUGGGAGAUUUUGAUAUUUCAGCAAACACCUUAAAGUUGUUUGACAGCAAUGAAAAUACAGUUAUUCACCAACAUUCCAUAUUAAGUAACUGGUGCUAUGUUUUGCCAAGCAUGAAAAUGGGUCAGAUCAUAAACAUCAGCCACAUAAUUCCUCCAGAAUCUCCUUUCCGUUCAUAUAAAGAAUUUCAGAUACACUGGAAGAAUCUGUAUGGAUAUAUUCUUCCAGAGGAUCUUGAAGAGACAAAAAUAUACUUCAGUGUUUACUUCAAACCAAUAGGGGAAAGGUUCUUUACGUACCCUUUAAGUUGCAUUCGAAGUCAGCCAGUGCAGUAUUUUCCUAGAACAGAUUCAGAAAGUGUGUUGAACUCUUUUCUUUCUGACAUGAAGCGUAAUCUUUCACAUAUAUGUGGAUUUCCAGUAAAGAUGACAAGUAAAGCACUUUAUGCUACACAGGAACUCUUCAGGGCUCCGGUGCGUGAAAUAAAAUCUAAGCAUAUGAAAUUGGCUGGUGAGAUGGUUUGUGUAGUAUCUCUAACGCAGGCUCCUCCAAGGAAACAGACUUUGCCUAGAAUUUCUUCACCAUGCAGUAUGGAAAACAGCCACUGGAUGGAGCGUUUGUUCAAAGAGCCAGAAACACACACUUUUCCGAGUAGCCGUAAGGAUACAGAAAAGGUUAGCAUUGGAGCAACAGAGAAAUCAGUGAAUAAUAGGCAAAUACCAGAAGUACCAGAGUUACCAGUUGUGAAAUCUUUAGGAAUGCUUGUAAAUUCAGCCUUUGAACUACCCCCCAAAAAAGUCAGCAAAAUUAUACCAAUUUUCAAAGGAAAGUUGAUGCAAAUGAAUGGAAAGACCACAAAUCAAAUGAAUGGGAAGAAAAGAGAACAUGCUGAAAGACAUUCACCAAUAAAAAUUAUGGGUGUUUCAUCUUCUAUGCUGAGUGUGUGCAAGUCUAGCAUAACUCAGGUUUACAAACCUGUUCAAAAUAUGUCAGUCAAAAAUCCUACUCAUAGCAGCGUACUUCAGGUAAUGAAUGCGAAAACAUACGCGAAACAUGGUAUACCUGUAUUUCGAUGGAAAACAGAGUCUGGUGGACAAAUGACUAAUUCUGAUUUUUUUGAUAACUCAGCUUUGGGUGGGAAUUCAAAUGAAGUCAACCACAAAAAGGCAAAUCCUCCUUCUUUUCUUAAGAAUGUUGGGUCAGUGCUUCAGAAAUCGAACAUCAAUCUGAGUCUGAAUACACAUCCAUCUCCUACUUCCAGUGCAAGAAGGGGAAAAAAGUUUUCAAGUCAAAAUACCACGCAAGUUCUUGAGAAACAACACGAGUCAAAGAAAGUACAUUUGCAGAUUUGUAAACUAGACAACGAAAUGACAAAUUCCAGUUUAUCACAGCAACAAAGAAAGAGAUCAAAUGAAGGAGUAGAGUUAAAUAUUCAUGAAUCUGUCUUAAAUGAUACAGUGUGCAUCUCCAAAAAUGAAGAAAAUAAAGCAGCAUGCCACUCUAAGGUCUAUAUUGCUAAUACAACCAGUCAUCAUUCCAAGUCUAACUUUGAACAGAUGAUUACAGGGAAUGAGUAUCUGACAUGUGAAACACUGACCUCGAAACUGACUUCCUCAGUCAAGGAGAGCAACAUGGAAGCAUCUGUAAAGAAAGGUUGUGCCAGAAGAAGACAGAAAGAAGAAGGUUAUUUGAAGUUAAAGAAAGCCAAAAGAAGUAAGCCUUCUAUUUAGGAUGUCCUGGAGUACUGAAAGAAAACUCUGGGUUCCCAAGAGGGCAUUAACAUACUUGAGGAUCUCUGAGCUUUGUGAAUUUUGCUCUGUUUAUUUCACAUCACUGGUACCUGUUUCUGGAUGAAAACCUGAGGGUUAAAUACGUACCGUCAAGUGAAUAACAACUUCUCCACACAGUUUAAUAAGCCUCUAAUGAAUUUGAAAAUUUAGCUAAUUGCUUAGUUUUUGAAUCACAUUAUGUCUGUCCUAGUACUUGCUUACACACUUAAUCAUUCUUCCAAGUUAUUUUGAAGUUUCAAGUCUGUCUUUUUGUGAUAUAAUUAUAUCUAAUUCUUUGCUACAAUGUCUGGUCCUCUUUGUUUCAUCAGUAAAACAUUCCUAAAUAACUUUUCCUUGUCAGGUCAGAUGGUUAGAAAAUAAACGGUACAUUUUUUCUUAGGGGAAUAAUCUGAAGGCUGGAUUUGAUUCAAGCUUCUUUAAUUCUGGUUAUAAUUUUUAACAAAUUUCCAUUUUCAGAAAUGAAACUGCUCUGUAAAAGAUUUUUUUAAGUCUAAUUGAUAACGCCAUUCUUCAGCAGUUCAUGCAGAAAGUGUAUAGUUGCUCUUUGAGUAAUUUUAUCAGCAUAAAUGUAUCUUCAGUGACUUACUUGAAGGUGUAGUUACAAAUAUAUACAUAUAUGCAAUUGUUGCCCCAUAAUCGCUGGGUUUAGGUGAGUAUUAUCGUGCUACCUGGAAAAUAAGAAUCAAAUGACACACUAGCUCCUAAACUCAAAUGAUAUAAAACUUUAGUUAAACACUUGCUUUGGAUAUAUAUUUGCAAAACUUUUUUCCUAAAGGAAUUGGUACAAUGGAACUUUACGCGCUCUAUGAAAACCUUUUUAAGUUUAUAUUGCUAUAGCUGUAUUUUUAUUUACCUCAUUUUUCAAAGCAAGAUUUUGCCCUACUACAAUGACAACUUUUGGUUUGUUUUGGUUUUUUCUCGAAUGGUGACUGUUAACAUAGCUCUAAUUUAAUGGUGCCAGUGUUUAAAAGGAAGUGGGCACUUCAACAACAUGUAACUUUCUCAUACAUAAUAUAAAAAAAUACAAAACAACACAAGUAUUACAAAAAUUAGAGCAAUAUGCUCAGCAAGAAAUCAAAUUAUACUUGCAUUUUGUCUGGAAAUUGGUAUACAAAGCUACUUUUCAAAUGCUGUGGAUUAGUUAUUCUUUCAUAGGUUUGACUAUAUGUAAUUGAUCUUUUUCUUGUCUUACAGUACGAAAAAGCCUGUAGAGCAGUUGCAUUUCUAUUACGCUAUAUAAAUUAAUGCUUCACCUGAAUAUCUUUCCUAUUGUUGCUUUUUAAAUGCCUCUGGUUGCCAGCAUUUGCCUUGUAUCAUAAUAGAAGUCAUUUUGUAUUGUC